AUGUCGAACCACUAUGAUACGAACGGACUAGUAUCUGCCACAGUCCUUGCAGCGAAAUAUCUGAGCGACUAUAAACGUACCCACAGGAAUGAUAUCCCCCUCCGCCAGCCACAAUCCACUAACCCUGGACAGAUAUCCACCUCUAACGCAGGUACGCCACAUAGUACGACCCCCAACGAGCGAUAUCGAUCGACAUCUGAUUCUCUCCCACGAGGCCGCUCUCCGUCAAGGGGCCGCAAUGACCGUGGCCGCAGCCGUACGCCUGCGUCCACCCGCGAACAAUGCACGAAGUGUGGCCUCCGCCACUGGGGGGCGAAUUGCCCGGUCUGUGAGAUCUGCCACAAGACCGCCAUUUCAGCCGCAGCGACCACCAAACAGGAAGGAUUGUCGGAUGACGAGUGGACAGGGCCAGGCACGAAUGCAUGGUGCGAGGACUUGGCGGUCCGUAUAUACAACGACAAGGGAACCCGACCAGUCAUGCUGACACGAUCAUUUGUAAUAUCACACAACUUUAGCCUACACACAAUGGACACCGUCUAUAUAUCGGGCUUUGCGGGUGAUGGACGAAUGACAAUCAACACGCGUACCGAGGUCACCCUCCUGCUGGAGGUGCUGGACCUCGACGGCAAACCAAUUACCCUAUGGGUACCUGAUGAUUGCGAUGUUUUACUAGGCUUGGAACAGCUGCAAACAGAACGGUUGGGGAUUGGAUGGGAUGAGUCCACAUCUCUCCCAACGUUCCGCCUCCAGCUUCCACGCUCCUUGAUGAUGAAUUUCUUAGCUUACAGGCCGCCGGAGAUUCUCUACAACCUUGACCGCACCAACCGGGACCCCUACAUCCCGGAUAGCCCGUUAGAUGAAUACGAUUUUACGGGCCUGGACUAUAUGGGCCGGAUACGCAACAUGUCCCCAGCGGAGGUAGACGCCCUACAGUGUAAUAGCCGGGCCUCCACACUAGACUCUAUGUUAUAA